UGUUUAUAAAGCAUAACUGAAUAGUGUUUUUCUGUGUUUCAGGAAAUGCAUUACUUGAAGAGUUUGGCCAUGACUCGAUUUUGUCUACUUCUUUUGCUGCCAACAGCAUUAGGUGGUACCUCAAAGUUAGACAUUGUCUCCCUAAGUGGACAGAAGUAUGUUCACCGUGGAGAAAACAUCAGUCUGAAUUGCUCUUUUUCAUCCUCUGAAGCUUCAACGACUGCAUGGCUCAAACAGCCUCCAGGGGAAAAGCCUCUUCUCAUCGCCUCUGCUUAUUAUUCCAGACCAGCUGCAUAUUAUAAUGGCUUUGACAAGAGUGGCCGCUUUAAUGUGUUCAAAGAAAAAGACAGUUUUAAUCUGAGGAUCUCAAAUGCAGAACCAUCUGAUUCAGCAACAUACUACUGUUCUGUUACAUAUUAUGCAGAUACUGCAUUAGCAGACUGCACAGUUUUAGUGCUCAAAGGUUCAUCUACAAGUCUCUCUGCUGUUCUCCAGCCUCCUGUAUCAGAUCCUGUUGGACUAGGAGGAGAUACAACUUUGCAGUGUUCAAUACUCACAGAUACGUCUGCAGGAGAACACAGUGUGUACUGGAUCAGACAUGGAUCAGGAGAAUCUCAUCCAGGAAUCAUUUACACUCAUGGAAACAGGAGUGAUGAGUGUAAGAAAAGCUCUGAGACUGAUUCUCCUACACAGAGCUGUGUCUACAAACUCCCCAAGAGAAACCUCAGCCUCUCUGAUGCUGGAACUUACUACUGUGCUGUGCUCACGUGUGGAGAGAUCAUCUUUGGGAAUGGAACUAAACUGGAUGUUGGUGAAUGUGAUGAAGCUUUGAACUAUGCAGCACUGAGUUUCACUAAUAAACCACCGUCCUCCAGAGGCACUAAAAGACAACAGAAGCUUAAAGACGCUGACGUUUACUCGCAGAUCAAAUAUCCCCAAUAA